AUUAGAGGCCGGCGUGGGGCUGCGUCCUCCUCCCUCCAGAGCAGCAGGCCCUGCCAGGAAGGGCAGCACCGCUGCGACCUUCCCAGACUGCGGUCACCUGGAGCAGGGUUCAGCGACUCCCAGCCCCCAGCUGAGGGGGGAGGAAAGUCGAGAGCAGUUUACGGUGUCUCCUUUCGUCGAUGGAACGGAGAGUUCCGAGAAAGUUUGGCUCCGUUGGGUAGCCGUAGGCGUCAGGUGACUGCCCUUGGGCAGAGUCCACGUGAUACGUUGACACUUGGGUUGGCUCGCUCCGGACUUCUAGACAUGGCUGCAUCUCGUCAGUUGCCCCGAUUUUGGGAAUGGGGCAAAAACAUCGUUUGCGUGGGGAGGAACUACGCGGAUCACGUUAAGGAGAUGAAGAGCGCGGUCCUCAGCGAGCCAGUGAUCUUCCUGAAGCCUUCCACUGCUUAUGCUCCAGAGGGUACCCCGAUCCUUAUGCCCCCUUACAGCCGCAACCUGCACCACGAAUUGGAGCUGGCGGUGGUGAUGGGCAAGCGGACCUGCGCCGUGUCCGAGGCGGAGGCCUUGGGCUUCGUGGCUGGCUACGCCCUGUGCCUGGACAUGACUGCCAGGGACGUGCAGGACGAGUGCAAGAAGAAGGGGCUGCCCUGGACCCUGGCCAAGAGCUUCACUUCCUCGUGCCCAGUCAGCAAGUUCGUGCCCAAGGAGAAGAUCCCGGACCCUCAUAAGCUUAAGCUCUGGCUCAAGGUCAACGGCCAGCUGAGACAGGAGGGAGAAACGUCCGACAUGAUCUUCUCCAUCCCCUUCAUAAUCAGCUAUGUCUCCAAGAUAAUGACACUGGAAGAAGGGGACAUUAUUUUGACUGGGACUCCGAAAGGAGUUGGGCCUGUCCAAGAAAAUGAUGAGAUACAGGCUGGAAUAGAUGGCAUCGUCAGUAUGAGCUUUAAAGUGGAAAAAUCAAAACACUGAAAGGUUCUGCCUAUUGCUUUAGUUCCCAAGCUGCCAAAUCUUGAUGAACGGAUUCACUUUUUUAAUGAAUUUCGAUGAGUGAGGAGUAGAUAGGAGGAGACUGAUGAAAUAGAGUAAUUUGAUUGGUUGUGAGUAGCUUCUAAAGACAAACGCUGUCAGCUAGGGAUCUGUGUUUUUCUGCAAGCUGAGUUACUGUUUCUGAAUAAGAUCCCUCCCUCCUCUCUCCCCUCCACCCCCAUCAUUCUGUAAUAUCUGCCUUAUGUAGGGAUUGAAAUAUAAAAGAUUUUGAGAAUCAUACUUCAAAUUGUCAGAAUUGUAUGUAGUCAUUGAUGAUUUGUAGAGUUGUGAAGGAAUCUAAAGAAUCAUCCAACCAACCAUUUAUCUCCUACCUUCUUAUUCUUAUCUUGACUUAGUGUGUUGAAGUGCCCUUUGAGAUUGAAAUGUUUUUUGUGAGGGCAGUAUUGAUAUAGACACCAUAAAAGUAAUUGUGCCCUGUGGAGCCAACCAUACUUCCUUCUUGCAGUGACCUUGUGACUAACUGCAUGAAUUUGGGGUUGCAACAGAACUUUUAUAGUAUUGACUUUUUGUUACUAGCUUCCUUAGUACUAUAUUUUUAACACUUAGUGGGCCACUUGUCAUAGUAUCUUCCCUUUCCCAACAGCAAGAGAGAAGAUCUGAAGAGAAGCUGCACUUACAAGAGCUACUUUGGCUGUUUACUGUUCCAUUCUCUGAAUGCAUGUAGGGAGAUGUACAUCAGGGGAGAUGUACAUAUGGCUGGGUUUUAAUUGGUAGAAUUUUAAUGUAUUAGGCUCUAAACUGAAUAACUGGAGCAGCACCAAGCAAGUAUAGAGAUAGGUUUUUAAAAAUCAAGUUGUGGUUUAAUUAAUCACUUUCAAGUGAAGAAUGCAGUUUGCAAACUGGAAGCUCUCCUGGACAGUGGCCUUGUCUGUUGCAAUAAAUGCAAAGAUUUUAUACACAGGUCACAAGGGAGGUGGAUCGUGGAUUACAAUACAGUCAUUUUCAGGGCCUAUGUGGUUUUCCAGAGCAAGCCUAUGAGUGUAGGACAAUAUGUGUGUUCUCCAGUCCUGUAGAAAUAGUUCUUAAGUGAUUGUUUCAAAUCUCUGGGGUGGGUGGUUGGUGUGGUAAAGGAUCCCGAAUUCUGUGAUGGGAACAACAUUGUCAAGAACUGAUAAUUUCAAGCUGCCUUAUCCAAGUCGGAAUCUGCUGAUAGUUCUGAAAAAUCUAAAUUAUUAGUAUAUUCAUUGAAUAUAGCUUGUUGAUAAUUAUGAAAAUCAUUUUUUCACAUCUCUCAUGAGUUUUCAGACUUUCCCAGUUAAUAAGAAAAAAAAAUGUUUUCAUGUGUAAGCAGUUAAAGCUUCUGUAAGAUGACAAAUCAAAAGAUAUUUAUUGACUGAAUGAAAAAGGUAGAACUCUGACUUGUAAGUAGCUGACUGGUUAAAAAUCUUUUAGAAUUCUUGCGAUACUUAUUAAUACUUCUGAUAUUGGAAAUGAUUUUAGAGAAGUGCCAUAUAUAAAUGUUACAUUAAAAUAUAUUUUAUUUCAGAUGCUCAACUCUUCCUUAACAAGAGCCCCAUAUUUUAUUCACAUGAAUAUACCACCAUACAUUUUAGUGUGUUUUGAGAUAUGUGGUCAGGUUUCUCCAUUCCCACCCCUGCAAUAUAUUUCUAUUUAUUUCAUUAAGUAUUUCUCAGUUAUAUUCAAAAAAUAUUUUUACAUUUUUUAAAGUUUUGAGUUUAAAAUUCUCUCCCUUCCCUUUCCCCAACUUGAGAAAGCAAGCUAUUUGAUAUAGAUCAUACAUAUGAAAUCAUGUAAAACAUUUCCAUAUUAGCCAUGUUGGGCCCCCCCCCCAAAAAAAAAGCACACUAAAACAAAAGAAACAACAACAAAAAAAAUGCUUCAAUCUUCUUUCAAACUCUUAUCAGUUCUUUCUAGGUCAUGAGUCUUUUGGAGUUGUUAGAUCAUUGUUUUGCUGAGCAUAACUAAAUUAUUCACAGUUGAUCAUCAUACAAUAUUGCUGUUAUUAUGUAUAAUGUUCUUCUAGUUUUGCUUUCUUUGCUUUGCAUCAGUUUAUAUAUGUUUUUCCAAUUUUUUCUGGACAUUCUGCUUAUCACUUCUUUUCGCAUAACAAUUUUCCAUCACAAUUAUGUAUCAUAUUUUGUUUAGCAACUCUUUAAAUGAUGGAUAACCCCUCAAUUUCCAAUUCUUUGCCACAACAAUAAGAAUUACUAUAAAUAUUUUUGUUCAUAUACUUGUUUUUCCUUUUCCUUUGAUCCUUUUAGGAUACAAAUCUAGUAGUGCUAUUGUUUGGUCAAAGGGUAUGCACAGUUUUAUAUAACUCCUUGGAUAUAAUUCCAAAUUGCUCUCCAGAAUGAUUGGUCAGUUCACAAUUUUACCAACAAUGCAUUGGUGUCCCAAUUUUUCUUCAUUUACUUCAACAUUUGUCAUUUCCUUUUUCAGUCAUAGUCAUUAUUUGCCUCAAAAUUAUUUUAAUUUGCACUUUUCUGUGAUUUAGAACAUGUUUUUCAUAUGAUUCUAAUUAUCUUUGAUUGUUUUUUUUUUCAGAAAACUGCCUGGUCAUAUUCUUAGACCAUUUACUAACUGAGGAUACAGGUCAGGUUUAUAUCUAUUUUAAUAAAUUAAUAUAAAAUAUAAAUUUUAUUAAAUUCAUUAUAUUUUUUUUCAAAAAAACAAAACCCUCCUUUCCUCUUAAGAAACAAGAUAAAAAAAACUCUAGUUACAAAUGUAUAAUCAAACAAAACAAAUUUCUGCGUUGGCCACAACAAAGAGAAGAUAGAUAUCUUAUUCUGCAUUUCUGUGUCUUUCACUUUUCUAUCAGGAAGUGGGUAAUAUGUUUUAUCAUUAGUCUUCUGGAAUCGUGAUUAAUCAUCACAUUGAACAGAGCUCCUAAACCUUUUAGCUUUUGUUUAUGGUUGUAUAAAUUAUUCUCCUGAUUCUUUUCACUUCAUUCUAUAUCAGUUCAUACAAGUCUUCCCAGAUUUCUCUGAAACUAUUCCCUUAUCAUUUCUUAUAGCACAAUAGGAUUCUCUCACAUUUCUACACUGUAACUUGUUCAGCUAUUCUCUACUUGAUGGAAAAUACUUCUUCAGAUUCUAAUUCUUUUCCACUUCAAAAGAACUAAGUAUUUUUGUACAUUCUUAAUUUUGUUUUGCUAAUCUAAUUAUUCUUAGUGUGCUUCCUUCCUCCUCUUUCUUGUUUCUCUUAGUCAAAUGUAUUUCUGUAUCUAGAUGUGAAUAUGCAUAAUUUUUCCCUCUGACCAAUUCAGAUGAAAAAUUCAAAUGUCAGCCACUACUGCUACCCCUUUUUUCUCAUUUUUAUAAUCUUUUAUUUGUACCCCCGAUUAUAUGAGAUAAUUUUCUUUAUGUAAGAUAAUUUUCUCAUUGUUGUUCAGCCUCUCCUUUAUAAUAAGGGAGCUCAAGCAAAUCAAGGUAACUAGUAAACUCAUUAUUCAUUCUGUUUUCACAGUCUGUAUCUUUGCCUUCUGAAAUAACAUAUUCUGAGCUCUCCUCCUCUUCAUAAUGGUGGCAGCUAAAUCAUAUGUGGUUCUGACUUACUCUUCAGUAAUUGGAUUUCUUUCUGGUUGCUUGAGCUAUUUUUCUUUUGACCUGAAAGCUCUGAAUUUGGACAAUGUUCCUGGGAGAUUUUAUUUUGGGAUUUCUUUCAAAAAUUAAUCAGUGAAUUCUUUAUAUUUGUAUUUUUCCCUCUUGUUCUAAGAGAUCUAAGCAGAUUUGUGAUUUCUUGAAAAAUAGUGUCUAGACUUUUUUUGCUCAUGGUUUUCAGGAUUCUAAUUUUUUUUUCUUCUUGAUCCUUUUUCCAGGUCAGCUAUUUUUGUUGUGAGAAACCUUUUAUUUUCUUUUUAAAAAAAAAAUCUGUUGAAAUCCUUACAAAGUGUUAACUAUUAGAGUUAAUAGAGACAAUAAUUAUCUAAUUUAGCAUGGUUCAGUAUGAUUGAUCUGAUCCUACAAGGAGAUGUUAUGGGCCAGAACUUGAAAAAGGUACUAAGUGGAAUUGAGGAGACAAUGUUUAAAUCUAGUUUAGCAUUGAUUUAAUCAUACAACAAAUAAUGGUUUCCCAGUGAUAUAAUGAUUGGUGUGUACUCAGUGAAGAGCAUAUAAGCAAGAAACUCUCAGGAACAAAGAGCACUCUGGGAGAUACAGAAGCCCACAAGCCCAUUCUCGGAGGUGGAGUCAGAUUCAUUCUGUCUUCCACCUUUGUGCUGGCUGGAGGUUGAAGAAAGCAGAGGCAGAAGCAAAGCAUAAGCUGCAAGAGCUCUUGGAAUCAAGGAAGGAGAAAAUAAAUGUUUGGAUUUUAUCAGCUGACUGUAUUUGCGGUGAUUAUUACUUGGAACUGAAACUAAGACUGCCUCCAGAAAACCUCCCCAAGAAAUCUGCUCCCAGAGAACCAUCAUAUAUUAUAAAAAAGAAGAAUACCACCACAAAAAUCUUUUGAUUAUGUUUUAAUAUUCUUAUUGUCUCAUGGAGUCACUGGUUUUCAUUUGGUCUGUUCAAAUUUUCAGGCAGCUUUUAGCUUGGGCAAGGUUUUUUAUCUCUUGUGUUAAAUUACUAAUUCCCUUUCUUUUUUUCCCUUCAUUUCCUCCAUUUUUUUCUUCUAGCAUAUUCACUUUAUUUUUUUUUAAAUAAAAUUAACUUUUAAAAAAACUGCUUCAUUUCUUCCAGAAAUUCUAGUUGAAUUUUUCUCCAGGCUGUGUUUUUAUCUGAGUAUUUACUUGUAGAUAUUUUGGAGUAAUUCUCUUCUUUUGGUUUGUGUCUUGAACAUCCCUACAACUAUAUUAACUUCUUAUGAUAGAAUUCUUUUGUUUGUUUUGUUUGUUUGCUCAUUAUUUCACAUAACUUUUUGACAUCAGGCUUGAUGUUAAGGCCAAGUUCUCUGCAUUUCUGGAGGGAAGAUAAGGGCCAGUCCUGCUCUUUCUUUUCCUGGAAUAUUGAAUAUUAUGUUAUUCCAGUCUCUCAGAAACAUUCAUGAAGGGGAAUUGCAAACUUUCAGUGCUUCCAAAUAGUCUGACCAUGAAAGUCUGGUCACUGCUCUCAAACCACUACCUGCGAUUUUUUGACCUGGGAUGCUUCUGAGCAAUAGUAAACUCCUGCUGGACCCUAAUACUCUCAGCCUGUCCUUAUUUCUCUACAUGCUUCAGAAACUGGAACUCAGACCCUACUCUGCUCUCAGGGUCGAGGUCACACACCACUGCUACAUGAUUCUGAAUUAGCUUUUUGAUUCAUGCACAGGAUAAGACUGUUUCUUACCCUGAUGAGCCACUCCUGGGUGUGGGCCUAUUCUCAGUCCUCCUUGCAUCUGGGACUUCUUGUCAGAAUAAGUCUGGAAUCUCCUCCUGCUCUGGUGUACAGUCUCUUCCCGUGCUGGGGUGAGCUAACCUUGGUGCUCCUGGCCACACUCUGACCCCAGUGCUGUACACCCCUCUGCUUGUCACUUAAUACUGUGCUGGACUAGAAAAAUGAUUGACUUUUUUUUUCCCUUGGAUUUCCCCAUCAAUAUUUAAUCAUGGACCGUAUCCCACCACUGAUUAUCAAGGGGAGCUUUGACCUGCUCCAUUUCUGAACUGAACUAAUUUGUUUCUCCUUAGGCAGUUUGAUAGCUUUUCUGCUUCUGUGGUUACUAUAUUAGUGCCAGACAGUGCAGAGACCAGGUUGAUUUAGCACACUGCAUCUUGGCAUUCCUGAGCUCAAACAAUUCACUGACCUCUGUUUCCCUAAAGAUGAAUUCUUAAAUGUUUAGAAGAAUUGCACACAUAUAAUCUAUAUUGGAUUGCUUGCUGUUUAUGUGGGAGGGAGGAAGGAGAAUUGUUUGGUUUUGAAAAGGUGAAUGUUGAAAACUGUCUUUGUAUGUAUUUGGAAAAAUAAAAAGCUAUUAAAAUGAA